CAGAACGCAAACAGGAUUCUUAGCUCCGAAGUAAUGUGAUAGAAUCAUUUCAUGGUACAAGUGUGUUACAUCUCAAACUAGAUAACUAGCUAACUAGAUUAGUGUGUCUUCUUCGUUGAUACAUUGUAUUUCAUCUUACAAGACGAGGUAAGAGCGAAAGAAAAUGCAGGCGGGCCCACUGACUGCAUCGAAGUCGACAGAGCACACCGAGUCUGUGGUCUCAGCUGCGCGGAGCGAUGAAGAGGAGUCUGGGAGGAGGAACCCCUUCACACUGCCCGCAGAUAGCAACAUCUUCCUGCUCAGGAAACAGGAACGAGAGCGCAAGAGGCUGGAACAGCAGAAGAGGCUGAAGAUGAAGGUCCAGGACCGGGGCCUCUACGCGACGCGGAAGAAGGCCAGACAAGCGGAGCUGUGGUGUGAGCUGAGGGCGGGGCGGGAGGAGCACGCAGCCAAUGAGAAGGCCUCGGAGCUCAGAGAUAACCCCGCCUGGAAGGUGGCAAUGAUCAAAGAUCGCAACGUUGAGAAAGAGAGCAUCAGCGAGUUCAUCAGCAAGAAACGGGAGAUGUUUCUGUUGGAGUACGCCCUGGCCGUGAAGCGAGAGGAAAUCGAUCAGCUGGAGAGAGCGGCCAUCGCGGAGGAGAAGAAGCUGGGCCGGGCCGAGAAGCUCCUGGAGAAGGACUCCGUCAUGUUCGACGAGUUCCUCAAGGAAAGCGACAAGAGCUCGGUGGAGGCCAUAAAAACUGCUGAGCAGGAGUCCAAAAUCAGACAGGAGAAGGUUUCCGAAAUCAAGAGAAUUACAGCCAAAAUGGUGGCCAUUAAAAGCGACAUAUCCAAGUACGAGGACACCCUGAAGGAGUACUCCAUGUACAAGGACUUCCUGUUCAAGCUCUCGCCUCCGGAGUGGCAGCAGGAGCAGCUGGCUCGGAGAAGGAGCUCGCAGAGGAGCCUCCCUGCCAUCGCAGAGAAGGACAAGGGCAGGAGCGCGGGGCAGCAAGACAAACGGGCAGAGUCCCGGGCCUCCACCACUAAGAAGGAGCUGCCCCCCCUCAGGAACUCCAGACGGGCAUCCAGGCACACUAUCAAAAUAGGCAAACAGAGCCCCAAACCGAGCGUGGAACCUAAGACCGAGGAUGUCAACCUGUCCGAUUACGAGUCUUUCGCUAGUCAGGAGGAACCGGAGAUGUACUUCACGGACCCCCAGCAGCUGCUGGACCUGCUGACAGACCUGGAGGAGCAGAACCUGUCCCUGAUCCAGAACUCCCGCGAGACGGAGGAGUCUCUGGAGGACUUGCGGCAGGUCUUGGACCAAACGCGCAAGAGGAUGGAGAAGGAGACGGAGCAGCUGCUGCAGCAGAUCGACAACAUGACCCAGAACAUCGAGCAGGAGGAGGAGAGGGCCGCCCAGCUGGAGAUCAAGGCCCGUCUGUUCUCCUACGGCAAGUACAAGGAGGACGACCAGGACAGCAUGCUGGACACGCUGGGGCAGAAGGUGCAGGAGGUGUACCGCAGCUGCAUCGGGGACAGCGAGGGGAACCUGAGCACGCUGCAGAUGCUCACCGCCAUCGAGGGCCGGCUCGGGGAGCUGCUGGAGAACGUGGACAGCAUCCCGCGCGACCGCGUGCUGAUGGCCGAGAAGGCCAAGGAGAGAGAGCGCCGGAUCAGACUGAGGGAGGAGAAGAUAUCCCAGCAGAAAAGGCACCAGGAGGAAAGGCUUCAGAAGGCCCUGGAGAGAGCGCAGGCGGACAUCACCAAAAACAAAGGGAAGAAGCUGAUGGUUCGUUCCCACCCCCCUGAGCGGAAAAAGAAGGAAGCCCCGAACACGGACAUGGCAGACAGGGAGAGAGAGGAGCACCAGUAUUUCUUCACAUAGCGUCAAGUCGCAGUCCCACUCGGCCAAUCACGCUGCACACUACUCCUUCCCGCCAUCACCACUCCAGAUGCACACUUUCCCCUUUCUGACUGGAACGUUGCGACUUCAGCACAAACAGAUUUGCCUGGUUUUCUAUUUGUAUAGGUCUGGUUUAUGGCACCGACAAUAUAAAUGUCUGGUUGGAAUAAUUGAUUGAAAUUUGCCUGCUAGUUCAAGUGCCAGCACCCCACCCCAGUCCUCAAUUAGUUUUGACAGCAUUCACCCCAAAAAAUCCAAAUCUGGCAACCCUAGGCAGGAGCCAAACUUAUGUGACAGCCUACAGUAUGUAUUAGAUCACUGGCAAUACAGUUUUACAUAAAACUAUGUAUUAUACAAUAUUAAAUAGUGCGGUAAAAAAGAAAUACUGAGUAGAGUGAGAUUGACUGCAUUCUUUAACCCAGGAAUCAAUAUAGAAAAUGGAAUCAGAUGGACCUGAUUCAGUGUCAGACGUCGAGUGUACAUAAAGAUGAAUUAAGCGGGAAAAUUAUACAAUCAUGCAUUUUUGAAGAGAAAUAAAGAUUUGUCACUUCAACUA